AUGAGUGAAGAUAUUGAAAAACAACUUGCUGAAAAGCUGAAAACAAGAAAAUUCCCAGUGCAAAUGGAUGAAUCAACUUUGAUAUACAGUGUGGCAGUAUUGAUAACUUACGUAAGAUAUAUUGAUAAAGGGCAUUUUGCUGAAGAAAUGUUGUUCUAUGGUGCUCCUAAUAUGAUGGGCAAGAAAAAUUGUUGCUUAAAAUUGAUGAAAGAUGAGAAUCCAGAAAUGAUUCUCGUGCAUUGCGUUAUUAAUAGGGAAAACUUGGUAGCUAAAAACAUCUUGACUUUUCUAAAUGAAGUACUACAUUCAGUAAUAAAGUGUAUCAAUACUAAUGAAGCUAAUGCCAAAUAUGAGCAUCUUUUCAAGCUAUUUUGUGAAAAACAAAAGGCAGACCAUGUGAGACUUUUGCUUCACACUGAAUUAAGAUGGCUCUCUAAAGGGAACUGCUUGAAAAGAAUUCUGGAACUGUUUGAUACUUUCAGUGAUUCUUUAAGCGACAAACUUGAAAUGAAGUAUCUGUUAACACUCGAUGGUAAAGCAUUUGUGAGUUAUUUAGCCGAUAUCUUUGAAAAACUAAAUACAUUAACUAAGCGACUUCAAGGAACAAAUGAAACUCUUGUUGGUGCAAAAGCAAAGAUAUUUGGUUUCAUUACCCUUAUUGAGUUAACAUGGAUGAUGCAGCCAAUGUUAGUGGAUUUGUUUGAUAUAUCAAAUAUGCAGUAUCAAGAAGAACUCGCAUAA